CCCCAACAAACUUUUAAACUUUCAUCUGGGCCCCAUAUUCCACAAUUAGGUUUAGGUACAUAUAAUGGUUCCAAAUACAAUGAAGUUUAUGAAGCUACAAAGGUAGCUUUAAAGGCAGGUUACAAACAUAUUGAUACUGCUGCAAUUUAUGGAAAUGAAAAAGAGGUUGGUCUUGCUGUUAAAGAAGCUAUUGCAGACGGCAUUGUUAAAAGAGAGGAAGUUUUUAUUACUACCAAAUUAUGGAAUACCUGUCAUGGUAAUGUUAGAAAACAUUUUGAUCUUUCAUUAAAAAAUUUAGGUUUACAAUAUGUUGAUUUAUAUUUAAUUCAUUGGCCAAUUGCCUUUGAAUAUACUGGUGAAAGUUUUACCACCCCAAAGAAUGCUGAUGGUUCUGUUAAAUUAGAUAAAGUUAAUAUUCACGACACUUGGAGAGAAAUGGAAAAAUUAGUUGAUGAAGGUUUAGUAAAAUCAAUUGGUGUUUCAAAUUUCAAUGUUCAAAGCUUAGUCGAUUUAUUAACCUAUGCUAGAAUUCCACCAGCAGUCAACCAAGUCGAAUUACACCCAUAUUUAUCACAACCAGCUUUAAGAUCAUUCUGCGAUCAACAUAAAAUUAUUUUAACCGCUUAUUCACCAUUGGGUCAAGGUAAAAUUACAGAUCAUUCACCAGUUAUUGAAGAAAUUGCAAAAUCACACAAUAAAUCACCAGCCAAUAUUAUCUUUAAAUGGUGUAUCACAAAGGGUUUUACUGUUAUUCCAAAAUCAGUUACCCCACAAAGAAUUAUUGACAACUUUGACAUCUUUGACUUUGAUCUUACUGAUGCUCAAAUCAAACAACUUGACCAAUUAAAUAGAAAUGAAAGAACCUGUUCCCCAAUGAGACAAUGGGGUGUACCAUUAUUUGAUUAA